AAACAAAUGGUAACAAGUCACUACUAAGAUAAGAGUGAUUGAAGCCCACUAAUGAAAGGGGUAAUUAUGUAAUUUAUGCAAUUGUUAGCUAUAUAAGAGGAACCUGGCCAACUGGAUGGCAGUUCAGCAGCUUGACUUGUCACAAAUAUGUCUCUGCGUCUGGUUCUGUUUUGCUUGGCCAUCUUAGCAAUGGCUUACGCUCAGCCUGCUCCAGGAGCUCCAGAAAUCAUUGAGAUGGAAGAGCCUUCUGAGGGACCAAGUGAUGAUACUAAGCCACGUACUCUUUUGUUGCUGUUGCCCUUGCUGUUCCCCAGUACAUUUUAUGUACCAUAGGUUAAUAAAAACAAAUAAUUGAGCAUUUAA